GCCCAGGUGGACGCACGAGCCCGAACGUCCGCAGGAGGGAGGACCGAAACACGGAAAAAGGAAAGACGAAGAAGAAAAAGGAGGAGGAUAAACACCGCGCCUUCCUUCCUGUUCUGCCUCCUCCGCAGCGGACACAUUCCCAGAGACCGACGCCUGUUGGUGCGAACAGCUGAUCCAGGAAGAAAGGAAGAAGAACAGGCCAGAGGACCGCAGCAGGAGAUGGAGAAAGAGAAAGAGAAGGCGGCAGAGCCGCAGCUGAAAGGCAUCGUGACGCGUCUCCACAGCGAGCAGGGCUUCUACCUCCAGAUGCUGCCCGAUGGGACCAUCAGCGGCUGCAAAGACGAGAACAGCGACUACACUUUGUUUAACCUGAUCCCUGUGGGGCUUAGGGUGGUGGCCAUCCAGGGAGUGAAGGCUGGCCUCUAUGUGGGCAUGAACGCCGAGGGAUUCCUCUACACAUCUGAUGUUUUCACACCAGAAUGUAAGUUUAAAGAGUCUGUGUUCGAGAACUACUACGUCAUCUACUCAUCCACCCUGUACCGGCAGCAUGAGUCCGGCCGGGCCUGGUUCCUGGGUCUGAACAAGGAAGGAAUCAUCAUGAAGGGGAACCGAGUGAAGAAGACUAAACCCUGCUCACAUUUCGUCCCCAGGCCUAUUGAAGUUUGCAUGUACAAGGAGCCGUCUCUGCAUGAGCUUGAGGAGAAGCUGCUGAAGUCUUCACGAAGCCCGACGCUGAACAGUGGCCGUGCCAGGAGCUUGGAUCGACCGGCGCGGGGGUCUGCCCACUCCUCCACAGAGCGGGAGGCGUCAUAGCCUGCGGCGCCCCCCCAGCAGGUGCAGACGGAAGAGGACGAGAACCAUUUUAACAAUCCCUGUGUUCAGCAACUACAACCACACCGACGACAACCAACCCGCCAAGACAACAAUGACGAAGAAAACAGCGUAAAAAAGAUUUUAAAAAUGGGGAAAUUCUUCUUGCUUGUUAUGAAAUAAACGAGCAAGGGGGGAGGGGCUUGCUCGGAAACAAAAAAAAAAAAUAGAUAAAAACAGGACGUUGAUGAUGGAGAUUUACAUUUUAUGCAAAAAGUCCUGCUGAAUUAGUGCCAGGAGGCUAGCACACCUACUCUUCAUCAACACAUUGUAAUCAUCAUCAUUUCUGUCACAACGUUGACAAAAUAUCAGUGGAGUGGAGCGAGCGCUCCGAACUCUGAAGCUUUAAGCCAUGUAGAAACUUCACUUCCUUUGUUUCCUGAUGAAUGCUAAAACUUUCUAACUUUCUACACGCCGUGCUUCUUCUUUUUCUCCGUACUUUGUUGAAUCAGACGGACUCAGCUCCGUUCAGAUGUCACAGUUUGUUUGGUUUUUUUGUUCUAACGGGUCGGGAACUUGUUCCGGGUUUAGUCACAGACACUGCCGUUUUAAAGGUCGAUUGACAGACUGGACUUCUUCCUCUGAGCAGGACCGGGGAGGGGAUCUCGUUGGUGAUCAGAGUUGAGAUUGGAGCCUUUCUUUGUUCACCAUAAUUUUCACUAAGUUCACUUUUCUGCAUGUUUUAGAUUGUUUAGAACUGGUACCGCCUGGAGCCUCUUUCUAUGAAAACCAUCUUCAAAGCCUUUGAACAUUUAACAACACUUGAUUUCAAGAAAGCACAAAAGGAUAAACUUGUAUAAAUAUAGUCAAAGAGGAAACCACUAGUAAAUGACUUAUUAUAGCUGUUUUUUAAGGUUUUAAGGCUAUGCAGUCUUGCUACUUUCCUUCCUCAAUCAGAUCUCUAAAAGUGGAAUUAUUCCUAAAAAUGAAAUAUGAAUUCUCAAAUUGUGACAAAUGAAUAACCGGUUUGACGGCUGGCGUCCAUAGUCUUCAUAUUAUUUGAGAUUAGAGAGAAACUUUUUAGCACAAAUCUGAACCUCAAAUGUGAUUGAAGUUCUCUUAACAACAAAGUUUUUUUUUUUUUAAGAACUUAAAGUCCGGACAAUGCAGGUGAGCCGACUAGGUCCUCACUAGUCCACCAAAACAAGUCUGCAUUUCUGUCAUAUUUCGUGCAUAUGGAUUGAAAUUUAACAAAGUGUUUUUCUGUCAUUCAAUUCAAAAAAGUCGACUUUGUUCCUUUUUAAGGUCAUUUGAACUGGAAAUAAACCAAAUGAGGAAACAAGUAAACACAGACGAGUAACUCCUGAAAAUAACUGGAAUAAAGUAAUGCAGAUUAUUUAACUAGACAUAGAUUAUAAAAAGUUUUAACUUCUCUGUUUGCAAUGAGGGGAAUCCAACAGUUUUUAAAUAAACAAGUGUAGCUAGCUAAUGUCAGUAAAGGAUAGAUGCAACAAGCUGUUGAAGAUUUUCAGUCAUCCAGGUCAUAGUCAUUCCAAAAAAUGUUAAAAAAGUUUGAAGAUGUUUCUCUUCCCAUCCAGGAAGCUUUUUCUAUUCAAAAUGUCAGAAAUAGCGUUGAGUUCGAGGUUUUAUACAGCGGCCCAACAAAGCUUUGUUUAUGAUUUGAAAACAUGCAAAUUGAAACAGACGAAGGGGUCCACCCCUUUGGAAUGGAGCUUUGGCUUCUUUUUUUAAACUGCAAUGUCCCAUACCCGUCUAUGUCUCUGAAAGGGGGUUGUUAACGGGAAUGGUUGGCCACGAGUGAAUAGGCAAGGUCCUCGCUCUCCUGUACAGAGAUGAUGAUGAUGAUGAUGAUGAUUUUUGAAAGCUAAAAUAGACGAAGCGGUCCACCCAAAGGAUUUGCAUGUUUUCAAAACAAAA